UAUCCGGUGCUUUCGGCUGGCAGCUACUUCGGUCUGGCGGCCGCCAUUGUCCCGGAUGGUCGCUGUUAACGGUAUCUGUCUGUAGCUAACGAUUUUCUUUCGCUCUCCUCCGCCCGUACGAAACCACAGGAUUCCUUCCAUAACGUGGUCCGGGACAGAAAGCGGCCUGCCAGGCCCAGGACUCACCGCGAUCACUCAGGCCGGAGCCAGUAAGGCCUGCAACGCCCGAGAGGCUCCCAUGAAGUCUGUCUGUCUGCAUCUGGAUGUCAGCUCUUUCGUUCUGUUCUGAGAAGCUGUUGUGACGGCGCCGGCGGUGCCAUGAGGGUUGUGCCUGAAAAGAAUGCGGUCCGGAUUCUUUCGGGCAGAGAGAGGGGUACACAGGCGCAGGGAGCCCAGCGACUGUUACAGUGCUUGGUGGAGGACAAAACCCGGUUUAUGAAAUGGGAAGGCAAGAAGGUGGAACUUCCAGACAGUCCGCGUUCUACAUUCCUCCUGGCAUUCAGCCCAGACAGGACGCUGCUGGCAUCCACUCACGUCAAUCACAACAUCUACAUAACCGAGGUGAAGACGGGGCGAUGCAUACACUCUCUGGUAGGACAUCGUCGCACCCCGUGGUGUGUCACCUUUCACCCCACUAUUCCAGGGCUCAUCGCAUCCGGUUGCCUUGAUGGUGAAGUUCGUAUAUGGGAUUUACAUGGUGGGAGUGAGAGCUGGUUUACAGACAGUAACAACGCUAUUGCAUCCUUGGCCUUUCACCCCACCGUUCAGCUGCUGCUUAUCGCCACUGCCAAUGAAAUCCAUUUCUGGGACUGGAGUCGGCGAGAGCCCUUUGCUGUGGUGAAGACGGGCAGUGAAAUGGAGCGAGUUCGAUUGGUACGAUUUGAUCCCCUUGGGCAUUAUCUUCUUACAGCUAUUGUGAACCCCUCUAACCAGCAGAGUGAUGAAGAAUCCGAGAUCCCCCUUGAUAGCGCCGAGAUUCCCAUCUACCGACAGCGCUCCCUGCUGCCGACUCAACCGGUCCGCCGUACGCCGCUGCUCCACAACUUCUUGCACAUGCUGUCAUCGCGCUCAUCGGGCACCCAGGCUGGAGAACAGCCUCCAGUACAAGACUCUGCCACCCCCUCCCCUCCGCCACCACCUCCACCGCCUCCCCCAGCAACUGAAAGCAAUCAAAGGCUUAUUUAUACUCGUAUUCGAGACCGUGCCCCUGGUGUCACCACCCCAUGCUGCCAAGACCCCAAUAUGCUGUGCCUCUGCGUCCGAUGCUCUAGUGCCCGGUUGUCGUCUUCUCUUUUCCCCCACCCUGAAGCGCCAGGUACUCCCUCCACUUCUUCGGGGGCUACCUCCACUUCCUAUUCUCCAGUACAAAGCGACCCCCAGCAUUCUUUGGAGCGGCAGCAGCACCAGUCCUCUGCCCAGCACGAUCAUGGACUCCUAAGCCGACCUUCUGCCUUCAGUAGCGUGCACAGCAGCACAGCUGGUAACACACUGCGCAGUCUUAGCCUGGGACCUAUGCGCCGCUCGCUCACCGGGCAGCCAUCUCGCUAUCAGCAGCCGACCACCGAUAUAGGUGGUUCUGAGUGGACUCGCACUGUGCUUAGUAUGGGAUCCCGUUCUGAGAUUGAGCCCAUGCCACCUCCCCGGACGAGUGCCUCGUCUGUAAGCUUGUUGUCUGUUCUCAGGCAGCAGGAAGGCGAGUCCUCUUCUUCUGUGUAUACGUCGGCCACAGAGGGCCGAGGAUUUCCCACCACUGAGCAGGAUAACCCUGGCAGUCAGCCGCCUGUACCCCCCACCACCUCCCGAACAGAUUUGCAGUGUGACCUGAGGCGGUUCUUCCUUGAGUAUGACCGUCAAUAUGACCUUGAACCCGGUGCUCCGGGUGCAACCCCGGGACAGGCUCAUGAAAUGCUUAAUAACAAUCUGGAGCCUGAGCAGCCGGGCCCUUCACAUCAGUCAAACCAGGCGCACAGCGGUGAGAGCGCUGCAAAUCAGCCUAGAGGGCACAUGAAUCGGUGUCGUGCAUGCCACAACCUGCUGACGUUCAACAAUGACACUCUGCGCUGGGAGAGGACCCCACCAACGUAUCAAGAAAGUGCAGCUAUGCCCUCCUGGCAACCACCUCCCGUUCCUUCGCCAAGCACUUUCCAGGCUGGUCUGGCCGCUGGCAGCACAGAGCAGCCUGGCACCGCCGGGGUUGAGAGACCAGACAUAGGAACCAUACCUGGUGGCACUGGACGUUUGGAAGCUGGGACAACACCGGAAGAGAGAGCAGUGGGUGUAGCUUAUAAUCCUGAGACCGAGCACUGGGAACGGGUCUACAGUCAGCCUGCGACUGUGAACCGGGCUCCGAAUGUAUCCCAAGAGGCCUUACCACAAGAUCUCCAUGAGGAGGGCACAGAGGAGGACUCUCUUAGAAGGCGGCUCCUGGAGUCCUCCCUGAUCUCUCUGUCCCGUUAUGAUGGCACUGGAUCCCGAGAGCAUCCCAUCUACCCCGAUCCAGCCAGGUUAUCACCAGCCGCCUAUUACGCACAAAGGAUGAUUCAGUACCUGUCUCGGAGGGACAGCAUCCGGCAGCGCUCCAUGCGGUACCAGCAGAACCGGCUGCGAUCGUCGGCCUCUGCGCCUUCCUCCAGCGAGGGACAAGGGGCCGUGGAGACUGGAGACCUGGAGUUCGAGGAGUUUGAUCCUUAUUCUUCCCGCAGGGAUAACGGGGACCGAUCUCGGCACAGAACCCCCCGGAACGCUCGGAUGUCAGCCCCGUCCCUAGGCCGCUUUGUACCCAGGAGGUUUCUACUGCCUGAAUACCUUCCGUACGCUGGAAUAUUUCAUGAGCGGGGUCAGCCAGGAUUAGCCACGCACUCCUCGGUCAACAGAGUCUUGGCAGGCGCUGUGAUCGGAGAUGGACAGUCCGCUGUGGCCAGUAAUAUUGCAAACACGACCUACAGAUUGCAGUGGUGGGACUUUACCAAAUAUGACUUGCCGGAGAUCAGUAAUGCUACUGCUAACGUGCUGGUUCAGAACUGCAAGAUCUACAAUGACGCCAGUUGUGACAUCUCUGCUGACGGGCAGCUCCUUGCCGCCUUUAUACCGAGCAGCCAGCGAGGUUUCCCGGACGAGGGCAUUUUGGCGGUCUAUUCCUUGGCCCCACACAACCUAGGCGAGAUCCUGUUCACCAAGCGUUUUGGUCCCAACGCCAUCUCUGUGAGUUUGUCCCCUAUGGGCCGAUACGUCAUGGUGGGCCUGGCCUCCCGCAGGAUCCUGCUGCAUCCUACCACAGAGCACAUGGUGGCUCAAGUCUUCCGACUCCAGAAACCCCACGGAGGGGAGACUUCUAUGAGACGUGUCUUCAAUGUGCUGUAUCCCAUGCCUACGGACCAGAGGAGACAUGUCAGCAUUAAUUCAGCUCGUUGGCUGCCUGAGCCUGGCCUGGGAUUAGCUUACGGUACCAACAAGGGGGAUCUGGUGAUCUGUCGACCAGAGGCGUUCGACAAUGUAUGUGACCAGUUUUGGGAGCAAAUGAAUGAAGCUAUUCUGCAGCAUAACACUACUCGAACCACUGAGAGACCUGGGACCAGUCGUGCCUCCUGGAGAUCAGACCGAGAAAUGGGUCUAAUGAACGCCAUUGGUCUCCAGCCCCGAAAUCCGAGCACCUCUGUGACGUCACAGGGCACGCAGACCCCUGCCCCACAGCUACAGAAUGCAGAGACGCAGACUGAAAGAGAGGUGCCAGAGACCCGGCCCGCUGUACCAAACGCUGAAGCCGGCUCCAGUAAUGAGCAAGCCGCGCAGUCCAGCAGCACUUCUGAGGGCGCGACACCUGCAGCAGAAUCUGAAGACGGAAAUCUGGAGUCUGCCGACGGGUCCGGCUCAGGAGAGGGUCAGGAGGACGCUCUGAGCAGAAUCCAGCGACUUAUGGCAGAAGGAGGGAUGACUGCUGUGGUCCAGAGGGAGCAGAGCACCACUAUGGCAUCCAUGGGAGGUUUCGGCAAUAAUAUCAUCGUGAGCCACCGAAUCCACCGUAGCUCACAAACCUCCACCAACCCUGCUUCCCGCACCCCAACCCCGCGCUCCCCACAACCCUCCACUUCUAGAGAAACUGUAGCAGAGCUGGAACGGCGUCUGUCUCCCCAACAGCCAAGUCGGCCCCUGCUGACAAACAACAACAACGCUGAAGACCUUGGCUUGCAGCCUCCGAGCAGCGACAUCCUUCCGGGCGUGGAGAGGUAGAGACGUGGCGAUGCCAACCUGGUACUGCUGUAAGGACAGACUGAUCCCCACAACUUGCUGACUGUGGGGACUCUCAAGCUGUGGACUAUGGUGCUAUAGACUUGGAGAGGAAUCCUAUUUGAGACCUGACCCUCCAGCGAGUGGAGGGGGGGUGCAAAGCUUAGGAUGAGAAGUAUGAAAUUGCAGCUGGCCUUUCUCACACUGCCCCUUCUCCUCCCCAGUAUUUUAUUUUUAUUAUUUUUUGUCUUGCAGAGAGCAGACAACCCCUCUAACGCCCCUUUAGGAAGGGCGCCAAUCUUGUACUCUUCCCUUUUUGCUCCCUUGAAGAUUAAUUUCAGAAAGGGUUAGAAUCCAUAAAGUUCCUAUUUUUUUUUUUUUUUCCAAAGGUUUAUUGAUCAUGGCAGGGGACUUGGCACUAAUCUCUCCCCCUGUCACCUGCGAGGAGCUGCUAUGAGACUGUUACUGCCCUCCUUGCUUUGACUGAAGUUCAAGGAGGGAUGCAUGCACUACAGGGAAGGCUGUAAGCAGCCUCUCCUCCACCCAGGCAUGUGUGUCUGGGUGCGCUGCACCUCAUUUGAUGCAGCGAGGCCUAUGGGUCACGCCGUUCUUUCUAUGAUCAGCUGACUUAUCCGACUGCUCCAUCACGUUCACCGAGGCUUCCAGUAAAGACAUUCAAGUCAUUCUCUUGCCGCGGUCACAAGCCCCCCCCCCCGUAAUCGGCCCCUUUCACUAAGCUGAUUUUUAUGGGUUGCCAAAUAGGUCCACAACUUUGCUGCAGUUAGACUUCUCAGAUCCACUUUUUUUUUUCUUCUUCUUCUGCAACCUGGGACCUGAGUAUCCGUGCAGGUCCACACCAGCUCCCUUCCCCUCUCUUGUAUCCUAUCAGUCUGCGAUGUGUGUCUGAUUAUAUUGGAUGAAGUGUGCCCACGUCCCCCACCCCACACCUUGUUUUUAAUUUUGGCAGCCCACAUCCUCUUUGCCAAAGGCCAGUAGCGCAGCUCUUUGAGUUCACUCACCCGAUAUGGCAGCAGCUGCCAUGCCGUCGCCCCCCCCCCCCCCCCACCCCACGUAUCGGGCACCUGGGCGAGCGCUUGAACCCAUUAGCAUACUCUUGACAGGCACGUGUAUCUCUUGAGCUGCAAAUAGAUGUCGACAGUAUUAAACGUGAAUGUUACAGAAGGGGCUGGGUUUCAUAUAAAAGCUCUUGCAUGAGAAAUCUUAAAGCAAACACCUGAGUUUAUUGCAUUAAGAUGACGAAAGCCGCUGUUGGUCAUCCACCCCCCACCCCUUUUUUUUCUUUUUAAUGCAGCCUGUGCUACGCCCCACCCAAAAAAAUAAAGGCACAUAUCAGGGUAGUUUACUCGGUUGUGAUCCCCACCUCCAGUGGAGGCAGCUACAGCCCUGCCGAUCAGUGCCCAUACUCUACAGCCAACCGUUCUCCCACGGCUUUAUUUUUCAGUACUCCUGCCCCAACAUCAUAGCUUCAUGACUAGUAAACCAUGGUAGAGCCUGUUGUAUCAUUAAUCUCGUAUUCCAUAGCAGUGAGGACUGGCGAACGCGGCUUCAGUAGCUCGUUGACACCGGUCCCUUCUAUUAAUGCAGAGCAUCACUCCAGCGCCCGGCUGUAACAUGGUAUGAAUUACAGAGCCUCGCCACUCCGGUAGUCUGUAACGCUUGGUUGGUAGGUUUGCUCUUCUGUGUAACACUUUUUUUUUCUGAAUUAUUAUAAUAUUUUUUUUUUAUUUUUUUUUUUUUGAGGUGCUGUGCAAAAGCAUCAUUCCGAUAACCCAUUGUGACCUUUAGGGCAUGACUUUCAUGUAACAAUUGUUGAAUCUGCAGAGCAUUGCGCCAGUAAACCCUGUGA